ACCCAGAAGAGUGAAAAAUGCUGUAUAGGGCUAUUCUCCUCCUCUAUUUUGUCAUGCGUUCCCUCUCCUCUCCUCUCUAUCCAGCACUUCGGUACAGUCCACUGCCCAUUUCUGGAAAGGCAGUAAGCUUUCAGUUACAAGAAAGUGGUCCGGUACAGAGCCACAAUCUCUCAGUGGAAGAACAAGAAGAGGAGAAGUUUCUGACUAGCCCUCCUGAGAAAAGAACAAAACGUCAUGCAGAUGCCAUAUUCACUGACAGUUACCGUAAAGUCAGAGGCAAGCUGUCAGCCCAGAAGUUAUUGCAGGGCAUCGUUGGGAAAAGACUUGGAGAAGGCAGCCUAGGAGAUGAAGACCAUGAAUUCUUGACCAGGCGCCAUUCUGACAGCAUUCUUAUGGACAGUCACUAUCACCAGCAGAUGGUAUUGAGAAACUUCUUGGGAGCCAUGUUACAGAAUAAGAGGUCUCAAGAUUGCAACCAAAACCAUCUAGUCAGUACUCUGACCAAGCUCAUGGAAUUAUAAAUCAGCUUAUUCCCAUCUCAUUCUGGUCAAUGGCAUUCUCAAGUUUGAAGGUUAAGAAUUCAAACUCCUGAAACUGUUAUAAGAAAACAAACAUUUGCCAGUGAGUGCUGAUAUUGUCAGAAAUGUAAUCUUCUACCAUACUUACAACUGCAUGAGGGAAAUGUAUGUUCCCUACAUUUACUACAUAUAUAGAUUGGUGAAUGUGUUGUCUGGGUUUGGUUCAAAAAUAAAAUAUA